UACUAAUUUUGCUGCAUUAAAUUGGAGAAUAUCUUUACAGAAAACAAGCCUUUCUUAAGGACCAUAAAGCAUCACAAAGAAUAAGUACCCUAUGAAGUAUAUAUGCCCCUCAGUUAAAAUUAUUUUAGCAUGUUAGACUUUCUGCUUAAAUUCUUCACUUUACUCAAUAGAUGGACACUAUCUGAUUCUGCAGUUAUGCAAUUCCAAAGGAUCACAAGUGUCUGGCAAGUUUUAAGCCUGUUUCACAACAGCACUGAUAAGCUGCUACUCUCUCAGAUGAUCAGAAUACCUGUAGUGUGCCCUUGAUCAAGUUAAUAUUUAAAAAUAGUAAUGCAUUUUUUUUAUUAGGCUCAGGUAUCUUUUCAGUUACUUUAAACAUCUUUGGGAAGGAGAAGACUUUAGAUGGCUUAGAAAGGGAGAGCUGUUGGUUGUUUUCCUCAGGACUCCUCUCCAUUUUGAGGCAGAUUUGCUUUAUUCUAGGAGGAAAUAGAAAACCCAUCAUUUCUUUCAUAACCAUGAUUUAGAAGACCUGUCAUACCCUUGCCAUUGGGCAACCAAGUUAAUAAUUGACAAAGAUGCAUAGCUGGCCUUACUGAAUGAUUCCACCCCAACACUGUCAGCUGAUGUAACUUACUCAGCACCUCUCAAGCAUUUCUGGAAAGAGGAAUGGAAUCCCUCCAAAUUUGGCAAUCUUGUAAUCACAGUGACUUCAGCUGCCCCAUCUGUCUCCAGACAGCUACUCUCCCAGUAGAAACCAACUGUGGACAUUUAUUCUGUGGUUCCUGUCUGAUCACCUACUGGAAACACAGUCCCUGGUUAGCAGCAAUAACCUGCCCUCUCUGCAGACAAAAGGUGGUUCUUCUGGAUAGCAUCUCUUGUGAAAAGAAACAUGAUAAGCCAAGUAAACAAAUUGUACAUGACAUUAGAGAUUACAACAAGCGCUUCUCAGGGCAACCUCGACCUUUUGCAGAUUACCUUUAUGACAUGCACUUAUUCCUGACUCUUGCCUUGCGAGGAAUCUUCACCUGGGGUGUUCUGGUAUGGCUUUUUUUCCUGCGAGUUGCUGUUUGCUCCUUUGGAACUAUCAUAUGCUUGUCUUCCCCAUUUGACAUGAAGCCUGGGCCUCUCUGUAGGACACUUGGAACCGCUGAUGACAUGGUGGUUGUUUCCCUUCUUUUAAUUUGCAUGAUAAACAUAUGUCAGCAAAUUGCACCUAAUGGGGUGAGUGUGGCAAGGUCUGCAGCUCAGAGCAUGCUGUCAGAAGCCUGACUGACUCAAACUUGGAUUCCUUGGUCAAAGUUCACCAAGCAGUGACAGGUUUCUCUUUUAUUUGGGGCAGAAGAUGAUAAUUUGUCAUUAUGCCUCUGACAAAGGCUGAAGCAGGACUCAGCAAUACUUGGCAUGGACAAAUGAUUCAAUGUGCAAGCAUUUAGAAAGCAAAUUUUACUCUGGAUACUUGCUGGACUCUUUCAUGCUACAUUUUUCUUUGACUUACCUUCAUACAAAGUGCCUGAGUUGAAAAUGCCUAAAGCUAUGAAUAAAGCUUAAAAUUAACAAUGCCAAACAACUUGCAGUUGAAGAGUUUUAGAACUCUUGAGCUUUAACAUUUUACACCUUGGCUCCAUUUGAAUAAAAUCUUAAUUUGAGAAUUUAGCAAACUGUGUAAUUUGCUAAGGCUUGUGUAACACAAGGAAUGUUAGAUGGUAUCGCUACAGAAUCUUGUAUCAGUGCUCUGUGUUAUCACAGGUGAUUACACAUCCACAGGAAUACAGAUUUCUUACAGCUCUGCAAUGAGAAUAGCCCUGAUUUUAAAAUGGAUAAUAUGGAACUGGUAGUAACACUGGCUUGCAACACAAAUGCACCUAUGAAGUAGAGGUAUUACAAGGGGAGAAAAGCAUGAAAAGUCAUGCAAGGAAUGUGAACAAAUCUCUUUUUCAUAUAAGCCUAUGCAAGGUACAUUGCUUCCUUUUGAACUCUGUGCCUCUGAGCUUCAACAACGUCAGCAUGACAACUUGUUUCUUUUCUAGACUUCAUACACUCCUUGUGAUUGCCUUGUAAGUCUUGUGCCAGUUCAGCCAGAGAGGUCAAGGCCGAUUUGAUGAUGAUUCUAUGAUAUAAAUAGGAGGAAGGUUAUGGAAAGGUUGCUGAAGUUGGGGGGUGUGUGUGUGCAUGUCUGUGUGUGUUGGAGCUGCAGAGUUAAAAAGGUUGGCGCAGUGCCAGACCCCCCUACUCAUCUGUCCCUGUACAAUCUGUACAUUUGCUAUGUGUUUGGAGUCAGUGGACUUUGUUUUAUGUAUGAAUUGUAUAUUAAAAUAAAUGCAUUAAAAUUUAUAAAUAUUUAUUGUUCACAAUA